GAAUGUAACUCGAUGUCGAUUAUUGACGGAUUAUACCGAUUCGUGUCCCACUUAUAUUGACUGAUUUCCAACGAACAGGGGUCCACCGUAUUUUAAAAGCAUUUGCUCACGCCAGUCUCAUUCUUCCCUAUCGAUUGCUUUCGUCUGGUUUCCCAAGCGGAAGUGACAGUUGAUCCAAGAUGGUGGCCACCAGAAGCGGAGCUCGAGGGUGCUCUCCAACUAAAACUAAGCUCGAGCAGGCCUCAGACGUGCAGGCCACUCCAUCAAGAGGGCGAAGAACCAGGAGUACGGCCUCACAAACGGAGAACUCAACUCAGCCUGUUCUGGUGGAAACCAGCAAACGGCAUGGAGGAGAAUCCAGCAACCCGUUGAAAAGAUGCUCACGAGCCUCCAGACUCCACAGCCCCGAGCAGCCUUGCACCCCCGUGGGCUCCAUCCACGAAGCAGAUGUCUCCGACCUGGAGUCGUGCUGCUCUGCCGUCUCCGAUGUGGUACUGCCGCCGACGCGCAGAAGGGCGGUGUCCCGAGUCGGUCAAGAAGAAUCCGAGGUGGAGUCGUGCUCUUCGAAAAAUGUCCGAAGCUCGAAGCGGAGAGCUCCCAACAAGAAGGUGGAAUCCAGUAGCUCUGUUGUGUCUGACAGUGACCCUCCAGCAACACGUAGCAGAAGAAGCAAAAGACUUGGCGUCACCUUGAAUUAUGCCGAAGAAGUGUCUGAGGCGGACACUAGCUCUUCUUUUGUGUCUGUGCACAAAACAGUCAGAAACACAAGGAGCAGGGCAGCUCCAGACAAGGCUGCAAACGACAAGGAGGACUCCUGCUCUUCACCGCCGAUCAAAUCCCAAAGAGUGACCCGAAGUCAAAGAAAACGCACCAGAUCCUCCCCCAGACCACGACCAGAAGAGUCCGAACUUUCUGAGGCCGAGAGCCUCGCUUCGAACGUCUCGGGAGCUUCGGUUUCUUAUUCCUCGAUCCGCAAGAGUGCGAGAUUAAGAAAAAAGAUGAGUCCCAUUCCCUUGAACCUGGACGAAACCUCAGAAAGCUCCUCGAAUUCCAGAAGACGAAGGACAACUAGACAGACCGUCGGCGAAAAGUCUUGCGAUUCCGAGGGCUUCGAAUCUGGCUACGAAUACGCUAUCGGCACGCCGAGCAGGGUGAAAAACCGAUCCCCCAGUUCCAAGUCCGCCGAGUCAGACUCUGACCCGACGGACGGCCACUUUGCCCUGGGUAGCGCCUGCAGCAGCCGCACCGGCUCAGGAAGUGCUUGGCGGGUUCAGUCCACACCAAUUAAGGAUCUGCGCGUUGUCCUGGAGUCCUCUUUGCAAGGAAACGUACCAAGUGAUUCUAUGCUGGAUAGCACGGUGAUCGCCGAGGAUGCAGACCGUACAUUGCUGGCAGAGUUUGAGCAAGUCAACGCGAUGUCGGUCGAGGCGGUGGUGAAUCAAGUCGGACAAGAUGGGGAGGAAGUGCUCGUUGAAGCUGCAGUGGCGACUGCAGGCCAGCAGGGCGAGCCGUCUGCUGAAAAGCUGGAAGGGGACGUCUCGGCAGUGGAAGAGAUGGAGGGGGAAAUGGGGCCUUCGCCCUCGGGAGCGAGAUGCGAGGAUGUCGACGCAGACGAUGAGGAGGACGAGAACGUGCGAGCAGAGGUGUCGCGCGACGACCACGGGGUUGACUCGGGAACACGGGAGGAAGAGGAGGACAUGGAAGUGGAGCAGGUGACACGCCGGGAAGCAAUUGCGGAGAGCGGCAAGGAAGAAGAAGGAGACGAUAUUGGUGAGAGGAAGCCCAAAGAGGCCGUGGCGUCCGUCGAUGAACAGGUGACACCUGACCAGUUUCCGCCUGAGGGCACGGAAGCCACUGACAAAACAUCAACGAGCAGCCCCGUGGCGAGCAGAGAGGAGGACAUGGAAGGGACACGAGGCCUCUCCGGGAAGCCCGAGGAGGCCACGGUGACCGUCGUUGAGCAGACAACGCUGAAGAAAUCUCCACUUAAGGACAUGAAAGCCACCAAGGCAACUAAAAGAGUCAGCCUCUUGGAAAGCAGUGAGGAUGAAGAAGAGGAGGAAGACGAGGAGGAGGACCAAGAAGACGAGGACACAGGAGAUAGACCAGGACCCUGCAGGAAGCCCAGAAAGGAGGCGGUGGCGCUGGAGUCUGUCGACGGCCUGUUUAUGGUGGACACGAGGGCCGGGCAGGAAGCGGACAAAGAUUACUACAUGGAGCGCCUCACGCAGGAGAACGUGGUGGGCGCCAAGCAAGAGGAGGAGGACUUUGUGGAUGAGGAGGGCGAUGAAGACGAUGACGACUGCGAGGAAGAGGCGCUUCUCUUGUCGACCAGGAAUCCUUUGCUGAAAGAGAUGUCCACUCGCAUCGACCCGGGCAUCAAUGUGAGACGGCUCGGGGGUUUGUACAUCACUUUCGACGGCAGCAAAUCAAAGCCGGGCUCCAGUUCGGUGGGGCGGCACAAGGAGAAGAAGGACCAAGAUGAGGUGAUGAAGAAAAGCGUGAUGGGAUCGGACUUUGAGAAGAAGGACGCCGUACCACCGUACAGUGAAUCCAAACAAGCCUUGAAAAAAAAGCGCAGGUUGGAGCGUGAGAAGACCACAGGAGACGCUUGGUUCAACAUGAAAGCUCCUGAGCUCACAAAGGAGCUGACGGGAGACCUGAAACUGUUGAAGAUGAGAGGCUCCAUGGAUCCCAAGAGGUUCUACAAGAAGAACGACCGAGACGGCUUCCCCAAAUACUUCCAGGUAGCCACUGUGGAGGACAACCCCAUCGACUUCUAUCAUUCUCGCAUUCCCAAGAAGCAGAGAAAGAGAACAAUGGUGGAGGAGCUGCUGGCUGAUGCAGAGUUCAGGAGCAACAACAAGAAGAAGUACCAGAAGAUUGUGGCCGAGAAAGCCGCCCAGGCAUCGGGCAAACACAAGAAACACAACAAAUUUCACAAAAAAUCAAAGAAAGGCGCAAAGUAAGCGUGAAUUGUGAGACAAGGAAGGACUUUGUACACAAGGAAAAUUAUGUGAUCAGAAUGAACUUGUUAACAAACGGGGAUUUUAUUUUCCACGUGUAGAACUGCGCAGCAAUUCUUGUUUACAAAUAAAACUGCAACAUUGAGUUACCCUCACCGAUGUUUCAGUUUUGGUACACAUUGAAACAAAUUUAUGUAAACUUGAAAUGCUUCAAUGUAUAUCUUGAAGAAUAGUUUUUUUGUAUGUAUGUACUGGAACAGAAAUAAUGACUAAUCAAGGUCUUUGUUCAUUAUUUAUACUGUACAUGUCGCUGGAUUUUUCAAUCCAAAGUAUUGUGGUGGUUGCCAUGCAAUGUAAAUUGUCAUGAUUAGCAAGACAUUUUAAAGUCAGCAAAAAUGUUGGAAACCUUUUUUUUUCUAAAUCGAUGUUCACAUGUGCAGAACUUUUCUUUCAUAAUCAUUUUACUUUUCAGCCUCAGAAAAAUCAUUGUGACGCUUUAAAUGCUGGAUUUGUUUUUCCCCAUUUCAUUGUAUGAUGUGAACACGAUUAAAAAGGUUCCCCGCAUGAUCACACGUCAACUAUACUGCAUUAAAGCGAAAAUAAAUGUCAUAACCGUC